CUGAAUUGGCUUCUUCAAGGUCGAUUCCAUAUCCUAAUCCAUUCCUUAUCCAUAGGACGGAGACGGACAGUGGUCGGUCGGAGCUCUGAGCGAGAAAGAAGAAGAAGAAGAAAGAAAAAAAGGCGACAAGCAAACGCGACGAUGCUCGUGACGGCGGCAGCGGCGGCGGGCGGUACUUGUCACAGCAGAUGGAGCAUGGCAUCCUUAACCGCUGCUCUCCCUAGUCCUUCCCUGCAUUCUUCGCGUCCUCCUAUUGCCCGUAUGCGAUUUCAAUCCUCCCGUACCUCCCACGCCGUCGCCGUCGCUCGCCAUAGCUCCCCACUGCACUCUUUCGCCGGACUUGCGCCUCUUAACCCUCUCCUUUCCCUUGGAUUCACUGAACAUGCUAGCAACCAUUUCUUCCCUUCCAUUGAUAAUGGGUCACGAUUCUUUGCAAUGAGGCAUGGGAGACGAAUUGCGAGGCUCAAUCGGCCUCCAGACCAACGGAAAGCAUUGCUGAGAGGCCUCACUACUCAGUUGUUAAAGCACGGUAGGAUCAAAACCACCAGAGCUCGGGCUAGCGCCAUGAGGAAGUUUGUUGACAAGAUGAUUACGUUAGCCAAGGAUGGGUCGCUCCACAAGAGGAGACAAGCUCUGGGUUUCAUCUACGAGAAGCAGAUUGUACAUGCCUUGUUCGCAGAAGUUCCGGAUAGAUAUGGGGAAAGAAAUGGUGGAUACACGAGAAUCAUCAGAACUCUGCCGAGGCGUGGGGACAAUGCUCCCAUGGCGUACAUUGAACUUGUCUAGGUACUUUUCUCAGAAUGAAUCCCCGUCCUUGCUAUCGAAUCCAAAUGGUGUGUGUGCACUUUGAUGAUUACUGUUGAAUAUUUACCCUUUGAUGCUCAUAAGUCAUAAGGGUAGUGUGUUUGGUUGCCAUCUGAUUUUAGAACUGAGUGUUGAAUUUGAGUCAUAGAUGUUCAAGGCCACAAAGUGGCUUGUUCUCUCUCGACUUAUAUUAAGCUACGAAUUUGGAUGCAUAGUUAGGUGAUGUAGUGAGUUAUAGUGUCCAAAGUACUUUAGAUGACUAUGUUAGCGGGCACUUUGCCCAUGUGUGUAUGAAAUGGCACUCCAAACUGUUUUGUAUUUUUGCCAGUCGCUGUUGCUAGAGUUCAUCAGGCACUCUGGUUGUUCUUGCUCUAUAUUCUUUGCUCUAAGGAAUGUAUUCACAAUAAUGCACCUGAAUUUGUGAUCCACAAGUUAGUUUUAGGUUCUGCUUUGUCACUAAUCAAGUUGCUUCCUGGAUGCAUGGUCUUUCUUUUCUCCAUGUUUGCCUUGGCUUGUCGAUACUACUACGCAUUAGUUGUCUUGGUCUCUCAACACGUACAUACUAACUAACCAGCAAUGUCAACAUAUGCUUUAAAGUACUCCAUUUUCAACAGCCAUGACAUUUUCUACUUUCCCACCAGUUAACUACCAUCUACCGUUAGGUUUUUGGCACGUCCUUAUCUGCCUUCCGGUUCGUUAUCCUGAUUAUAGUCUUUUUGUCUAAUUUUGUUGAUAGGUUUGAUCGAAGUUCAGGUUCUUCCCGCGCAUCCUGCAGUUUGGACAGUUCAAACUUUCUUUACAGCUUCUCCAAAGUCAUUCAUAUGGUUCUUUUUGAAUCAGAACUAUAGGGUCGACUUGAAGCUUUAUCUGUGUAAUUGCUGCUUGUCUUUCUGUGAGUAGUAAACUGAUAUUCUUUGUUUGAAAGUUUCUUCUCAGUUCUGUCACUCCUCUUCUCUUCUGUGGCGCUCUUGUGUUUGGUCCACUGCUGUUUGCCUCGACCGUAAACCAUAAACCAAUCUCGAUGGGCCGGCCCAUCAAAUUUCCUGGACAAAAAGA